GAUAUUUGGCAUUAUCAUUCUUUCAUGUUAUUCUCUUGUAUAGUUCUGUAACACAAAGCGUAGUGAGCGGGCUUCUCUAUUAGUAUAGAAAAAAAGAAGAGGAAGGCAAAUCAAUAGUUGAAGCUCUAGAAUUUUGCAGUAGCAUACAAUUUUGGUCAAAGUUGGUGGGGCUGCUGCUUUACUGCAUAUUCAAACUACCCAAAAAAAGAAGUUCAACAUACAAACAUCUGUUAAUUUGAUAAUUCCCACUUCAAAACUUUAGUAUGUUGCCCCCACCCUCUUUCACAUCUUUAAAGCAAGUAACUUUACCUUUUCUUUUAGCAUUAAUGUUUGUUGCCCUUUCCUUUCCCUACAUCACUAAGCAAUCAAAAAAUUCACACAACCAGCCAUUUAUAUAAUACCCAAUUCUUCACCUUUCUCCAUUCUCUUAUCUUCUCCUCCAAUACAUCUUCCCUUUACAAGGUUUUCUCAACUCCCUCUCUCCCCAGAAAUGAUGCAAGCUCUUCCAUCACCACCACCACCACUGUCUCUACAACAUCAACUGCAGCCUCUGCCUGAAAAGGAAACAACCACUGCCAUCUCUCUCAACCAAAUUAUCGUAUCAAAGCAAGCAGGAAGACACCAACAAAGCUCACCACGAGAGGUACUGCCAUAUUCUGAGACCAAGUUAGUACCAUUUGCCCAGACAAGGUUAUUAGCACCAAAGCAGCCAAUACUCCAACCUCGAAGAACCAACCCGCUCAUAUGGUUUGGAGCCAUCUUAUGCCUCAUUUUCAGCCUUCUUCUCAUCUUCUUUGGAAUUGCAACCUUGAUCCUCUACCUUGUUGUCAAACCAAAACACCCGGUUUUCGAUGUUCCUAAUGCGAGCCUCAAUGGCAUAUACUUCGACUCCCCCGAAUUCUUCAAUGGAGAUUUAACUUUUCUUGCAAACUUCUCCAAUCCUAAUCAUAAACUGGACGUGAGAUUCGAGCAUGUUGAUAUUGAGGUCUACUUCUCCAACAGACUCAUAGGGACUCAAGCUCUCCAGCCUUUCACUCAGAGGCCAAGGGAGAUAAGGCUGCAAGCAGUUCGCGUCAUAUCGAGUCUUGUCUAUUUGCCUCAGAAUUCCGCAGUGGAGCUUCAAAAGCAAGUACUGAGUAACAAGGUGAACUACAACAUACGAGCUACUUUCAAGCUGAAGGCGAUUCUGGGUCUCUUCCAUUAUAACUACUGGCUUCACGGUAGGUGUGAGACGGCUAUCAGUGGUCCUCCAACGGGUGUUCUGGUUGCUCGGAGCUGCAACACAAAUAGAUGAAGAAGAAUUAGGGUGUCGGUUUACCUGCUUUAUAAUUAGUUUAUCAUGGAAGUACUAGACCACAAGUCCUGUAACUUCCAUCCUA